AUGCGUACUGGAAUUGCUGGUGGUGUCGUCCAGGCACUCUCCAGCCCCCACGGCAAUGGCGCCCCCUUCUGGGCACCCUACUCUUUGUGUCCGCGUGUGGCCGGCCAGUUCGUGCGCUCACGGUUCAACUGUGCAGCCCUGGACCUGGACAAGGGCUGCACGGUGGAGGAGCUGCUCCGCGGCUGCAUCGAAGCCUUCGAUGACUCCGGGAAGGUGCGGGACCCGCAGCUGGUGCGCAUGUUCCUCAUGAUGCACCCCUGGUACAUCCCUUCAUCUCAGCUGGCGGCAAAACUGCUCCACAUCUACCAACAAUCCCAGAAGGACAACUCCAGUUCACUGCAGUUGAAAACUUGUCAUCUAGUCCGGUACUGGAUCUCAGCAUUCCCGGCAGAGUUUGACUUGAACCACGAGCUUGCUGAGCAGAUCAAGGAGUUGAAGGCUCUGCUGGACCAAGAAGGGAACCGCAGGCAUAGCAGCCUCAUCGACAUCGAGAGCGUCCCCACCUACAAGUGGAAGCGGCAGGUGACUCAGCGGAACCCAGUGGAACAGAAAAAACGAAAGAUGUCCCUGUUGUUCGACCACCUGGAGCCUCUGGAGCUGGCUGAGCAUCUCACCUACCUGGAGUAUCGCUCCUUCCGCAAGAUCCUGUUCCAGGACUAUCACAGCUUUGUGACUCACGGCUGCACCGUGGACAACCCUGUCCUGGAGCGAUUCAUUUCCCUUUUCAACAGUGUCUCGCAGUGGGUGCAGCUCAUGAUUCUCAGCAAGCCCACAGCCCCACAGCGGGCCCUGGUCAUCACACACUUCGUCCACGUGGCAGAGAAGCUGCUGCAGCUGCAGAACUUCAACACGCUGAUGGCGGUGGUCGGGGGCCUGAGCCACAGCUCCAUCUCUCGCCUCAAGGAGACCCACAGCCACGUUAGCCCUGAGACCAUCAAGCUCUGGGAAGGUCUGACAGAACUAGUGACGGCCACUGGCAACUAUAGCAACUACCGACGGCGGCUGGCAGCCUGUGUGGGCUUCCGCUUCCCCAUCCUGGGUGUGCACCUCAAGGACCUGGUGGCCCUGCAGCUGGCCCUGCCUGACUGGCUGGACCCUGCCCGGACCCGACUUAAUGGGGCCAAGAUGAAGCAGCUCUUCAGCAUCUUGGAGGAGCUGGCCAUGGUGAACAGCCUUCAGCCACCAGUGCAGGCUAACCCCGACCUGCUGAGCCUGCUCACGGUGUCUCUGGAUCAGUAUCAGACGGAGGAUGAGCUCUACCAGCUGUCCCUGCAGCGGGAGCCGCGCUGCAAGUCCUCGCCAACCAGCCCCACAAGCUGCACGCCUCCUCCCCGCGCCCCAGUGCUGGAGGAAUGGACCUCAGCUGCCAAACCCAAGCUGGAUCAGGCACUCAUGGUGGAGCACAUUGAGAAGAUGGUGGAGUCUGUGUUCCGGAACUUUGACGUCGAUGGGGACGGCCACAUCUCACAGGAAGAGUUCCAGAUCAUCCGUGGGAACUUUCCUUACCUCAGCGCCUUUGGGGACCUCGACCAGAACCAGGAUGGCUGCAUCAGCAGGGAGGAGAUGAUCUCCUACUUCCUCCGCUCCAGCUCUGUGCUGGGCGGCCGCAUGGGCUUCGUACACAACUUCCAGGAGAGCAACUCCUUGCGCCCGGUUGCCUGCCGCCACUGCAAGGCCCUGAUCCUGGGCAUCUACAAGCAGGGCCUCAAAUGCCGAGCCUGUGGUGUGAACUGCCACAAGCAGUGCAAAGAUCGCUUGUCAGUGGAGUGCCGGCGCCGGGCCCAGAGUGUGAGUCUGGAUGGGUGUGUGCCCUCACCUUCACCCACACACACCCACCAUCGAGCCUUCAGCUUCUCUCUGCCCAGACCAGGCAGGCGAGGCUCCCGGCCUCCAGGGAUCCGAGAAGAGCAGGCCCAGCCGGUGGAUGACGCAGUGUUUGACAUCCACCUCUAAGGACCGUG